AUGUUGCGAGUGAAGCAGAGAUAUGCGUUCCGUGAUCAGCAGUACAACGGAAAGUUUUCUAUUAUUACAUUUGAAGAAUUCAUUAAGAUUGCUCUGGGUGCACCAAGGGUUGUUGGAAUAUAUCCAGAGAUAAAGAAUCCAGUAUUCAUCAAUCAACGUGUGAAAUGGCCAGGUGGCAAAAAGUUUGAGGAUGUGUUCGUGGACACACUCAAAAAAUAUGGAUAUGAAGGCACUUAUUUGUCCAAGCAAUGGAUGAAACAACCUGCUUUUAUUCAGUCAUUUGCUCCCACAUCCCUUACCUAUGUAUCAAAACUGACCAACCUUCCCAAGAUAUUUCUUAUCGAUGACACGACAAUGCCAACUCAAGACACAAACCAGUCAUACUGGGAGAUCACUUCGGAUAAAUAUCUCGACUAUAUCAGGGAAUAUGUUGUGGGAAUUGGGCCCUGGAAGGAUACCAUUAUUCCUGUAUCAUUUAAUUACAUGCGAACUCCAACUGAUCUUGUAGCCAGAGCUCAUGCCCGUAACCUUCAGGUACAUCCAUACACUUUCCGGAAUGAGUAUUCAUAUCUGCACUUCAACUUCAGCCAAGACCCAUAUAAUGAAUACGCUUACUGGAUAAAUGAGGUUGGUGUUGACGGACUCUUUACAGAUUUCACAGGGAGCCUCCAUCAUUACCAGCAAUGGACUAGUCCCCUCUCGGUAGGAGAAGAGGAUGCAUAUAGCCUGCUCGAUAAAAUCGUAGCUAUGAUCACCAAGUUUAGACACCCAUAG